AUUUCCAUUUCAAAUUCCAGACGUUACUCUCUGUAACUUCACGCUUUUCUUCUUCCCUCUCUCUCCCCUCUACAAAAUCUCUCGCUUUCCUUUCUGUAUAUAUAUAUAUAUUAUAUAUACAUAUAUAUCUCCAUUGAUCUUGUUCUCUCCUCUCCUUGUUUGUGUCGAAUCCCGGCGGAAUUUUCAACAUCCAACACAUAAUCCAAUUGGUACAUCGCUAUCCAAGUAACUUGAAGAAAAUGGAGUUUCUAGGAGCAUUCUCGAUUUCUCUCUCCGUAGGCUGAUUGUUUUUCAUCUCUUUCUCUAUAGAUCUGUAUAGAACUUCCAGGUUCAGAGUUUCAGAAGGCUAUACUGUUGAGUCAAAUUAUGUGCAGUGGACCAGAGCGAUCUAAAUAUUCAUCAUCAGAAUCAACAAUCACAAAAGAAAAAGAAGAUCAAAUCAUCAAGAAGGAUAUGAUGACAGAACCAGCUAUUGAUAAAAACAGUUCCUUUUCAAUUUUACUUGAACUUGCAGCUGAUGAUGAUUUCGAAGGAUUCAAGAACUUGUUGGAGCAGGAUGUUUCGAUUCUUCAUAAAGUCGACCCAUGGUAUACUAGAAAGAAUGGAUCAAAACAAAUGGUUAUUGAGCAAAGAACACCUUUAAUGGUUGCUGCUACUUAUGGCAGUCUUAAUAUUUUGAGAUUAAUCCUAUCAAAAUCAGAUGUUGAUGUCAACUCUACUUAUGGCUUAGACAGCACAACUCCUCUUCAUUGUGCUGCAUCAGGAGGAUCAGCUAAUGCUAUUGAUGUUGUCAAGCUGCUUAUUUCAGCUGGUGCUGAUCCAAACAUAACUGAUGCUUCUGGUCUUCGCCCUGUUGAUGUUAUUAUCGUCUCUCCAAAACUGUCUGGAUUGAGAACUGCUAUGGUUGAAUUGCUUUCCGGCAAUCUUUCUGAUAGCUCACUAUCCUUGUCUUCUUCUUCAUCUUCUCCAAGAUCGCCUUCGUUGGAAACAUCUCUUGCGGUUAGCCCUGCAUCAGAGAAAAGAGAGUACCCAAUUGAUCCAUCUCUACCUGACAUCAAGAACAGCAUCUACUCAACAGAUGAAUUUCGAAUGUAUUCAUUCAAGAUUCGACCAUGCUCCAGGGCAUAUUCUCAUGACUGGACUGAAUGCCCUUUCGUUCAUCCAGGCGAGAAUGCUAGAAGAAGAGACCCGCGAAAGUUCCAUUAUAGCUGCGUCCCUUGCCCUGAUUUUCGCAAGGGAUCAUGUCGAAGGGCCGACCUGUGUGAAUACGCACACGGAGUUUUCGAAUGCUGGCUCCACCCUGCUCAGUACCGAACUCGUUUGUGCAAAGAUGGAACCGGGUGUGCUAGACGAGUUUGCUUCUUUGCUCACAAAACAGACGAGCUUCGACCUUUGUAUGUUGCUGUUCAAUCCCCUAGAUCAAAUAGCCCUUCGGCUUUUAACAACCAACCUUUAUCCCCAACAAAUAUGUCGUGGCCACAACCGAACAUUCCGACCCUUUCUUUACCUGGUAGCAAUUUCCAAUCUAGUCGAUUGAGAUCUUCAAUUAACGCACGAGACAUCCCAAACGAACUCUUGAACGACCUGGCUUGUUUCUCUCGAGUUUCUAAUCUCGAGGAGCAGUUUUCAGCCGAAUUUGCCUCGUCGCCCAGGUUUUCUCCAAGGAAGAUGCUUUCACCUAUAAAUACCAACGUUUUCAGUCUCUCGUCUCCCAAUUCGAGAACAAUUGAGCCGAUUUCUCCUUCGAGUGCUAGGAUUUCUGCAUUCGCCCGGGAGAAACAGUAUCAACAAAUGCGUUCUCUUAGUUCAAGGGAUUUGAUGUGUAGUAAUAACAACACUAAUAACAAUUCACCAACUAUCGGUUCUCCGGUUAAUUCGAUUUGGUCGAGAUGGGGGUCGCCUGAUGGGAAAGUUGACUGGUCUGUUCCUGGGAAGGAAUUUGGACGUUCUUCGUUUGAACAUAAUAAUAAUAACAACAACAACGAAGUAGAUGAAGAACCGGAUUUGUCGUGGGUACAGACACUAGUGAAGGAAUCGUCGGCUGAAGAGUCGACUGACCAGUCGGUUUUAGGUGCUUGGCUCGAGAAGAUGCAACUCGAAUCGCUCGUGGCUUAGUAAUGUUGGAUUUACUUUAUUCAUUUGCCGAAUUCCGGUUAUUUCGGUUCGUUUUUUGGUUCGAAUGGACGAAAAAUCAGGAAAGGAGGCUUGGGAAAACUCAGGGAGGUGAUUAUUCUUUUUUGUUGAUUCUUUUGUUACAACAAAAGUUUUUAAAAUGGAAAAAAAAUCUCUGUUUUACUACUUACUAGUAAUGUUUCUAUUGUUAUUUUGUGUUUAAAUAUGUUUCAUUGCAAGUGAAACCGUGACCUUAUUAUAUAUAUAUCAGUUAUCGUUUAAAUGUUCGAUAUUGGAAAUUGUAAAACA